AUGUCGACGGCAUCCUCACGUUCUCGCGGCUUUAGUCGACGAUUAGAUAGCGACAGUGGCCAAAGUCGGGGUCCCCGUUCUCGAAAUGUUUCCGUCACUCGAAAGCGGCCUGUCAGUCACAAUGAUGCGUAUUUAUAUGUUCUUCGAGUAGCAUAUCUUGCCUACCUUCUCCAAAAACGGCCCCGUCGCACCCAGAGCGUACCAAUUCCCCGCCAACGAGCUCACAAAUCAUCAGCUUCCAUAAUAAGCGAUCUAAGUUUGGUCAAAGAUCACAAGAGCACGAGGCUACCUCAUGGCUUUGUGGGUCGGCUCGAAAAUCGAUUGACUGGAGUAUUUAAGGGGAUCGAAAAGGAAAAAGCUUACCAGGAUGAGGCUGUGAGAAGAACAUUUGCGGCGUUUUUAAAUGAGCUGAGGGAGCCGGGCUUCAACAAGCGCAUGAGAGAGGAGAGGCGGGCAGAACCCUUGGUCUUAAUAUUCUUUUCCAAUGCGACCAAAGAACUCUCCAAGGGCCAAGCACCAGAUGAUACCAACUGGAAGCUUAUGGUUGAUAGGCAUGUGGCUCUCUUUGUGAGGAUCAUCAGUUUGAUUCUCAAAGACCAAGGCUGGGACAAGGAUAAACCUGAACUGGCUAGCCAACUUUCUAUCUUGGAAACCAAAUUGCUUGCGCAUGAUCAGAAUCUUGCGCAGGCAUCCCCAAAAGAUGGAGGAAACGUAAUUACCGAACUCGUGCCCCUGAGCUAUAAAGUCGAAGAUAUGCCAUUAGUCCAAGUUGUGGCGAAAGUGUUUGGACUAAGGAAUUCGUAUGUCCAGUCAGAUAUAAACAAGUAUAAAGAUGUAUGGACUGCGAAGGCGGCUCUGCAAGACCUUAAAACGUACCAGGUACAGCUCAACCUGAAUACUAGGAGGACCCUGUCCAAUGAAGACUUCGACUCUAUCGAGGCUUUUGAAGCGUGGAAAAAGGCUGAGGAUGGCGAACUCUCCCAGAUGAUGUUCUCUAUAAUGCAGUCCAACCCAGAUACCAAAACAAGUUUGCCCGGUGGCACGCUUUCUCAUCUCAGUACCAGAUCUAGCGAUCCCAAUGCAUCAGAUCUUGGUUAUUCCGACACAUCAGAUAUUCCUUCAAUAGAUGCAGCUUCUUUUUCACAGCCUGAUGCGUCCCAUGACUGCUCUGAUAAUCCAAAUAUUUACACAUUCAUUCCCCCGGAUCCUCAGUCGUUUUACCGUUUUGUACUCCUCCAAGUCGUAAACCACGAGCUGCAAGAAAGAUCAACCAAUGAAUCAGACUCGACCUCGGACUCGCCACCUAAGACUCUUCUCUCGAAGCAAGCUACUGAUCUGCUCAACGAAAUAAGCCUUCGUUGGCGAAUACCAACAUCUACGCGUGCUGUAUUGUUCCUUGAUGUUUUCCGAGAGAAAUAUGUGGAACAAGAAAUUGAUCUUGACACUUUGGAUUCCGCAUUCAUUUUUGUGAACCAACCUCCGCCAGAGAAAUCGAAACGUGGUAGUAACUUCAUAGUCUCAUUGCUCUCAAACAGGGAGAAUUGGACGCUCGCUGAUUUUAGUGUAAUGACACACCUGCUUUCCUCUCUCCACGAGGCGCUCCUUCGGCAUCUCUAUGAGACGAUGAUGCACUGCUAUGACACCAAGGUCCCCCCUAUAGGUUCAGUCAUGUACAUUCUAGAAAACUACGUCGAAGCUGACCCCAACUUUGUUUCCAAACCGGACGACUAUGAAAAUUUUCGUUCCUAUGUGUAUAACGGAUUAGUGAACAAGGCAAAAGAUGUUUAUCAAGAACACCUCGACAAGGAAAUACCUCCAGAGCAAAAUGUGUGGGAGUUCUAUCAUGUGGUGCAACUCGGGAAAGGUAUUUUAAAACUUGCCCAGCGGAUACAAAAGAGAUAUAAGAAAACCCCGGAAAUCAUAGGUGAACCGUUUCCCAUACCGAUCGAGGAACUACUGUCCAACUUCGUUUGGCGUUGGAUACAAGCUACUGAUGAGAAGAUCGUGGGCUGGGUCAAUGAGGCUAUCAAACAAGAUGACUUCAAAGUGCGGACCGAAUCACCUACUGACAUACCGACGCAAGAUCAACGGCAUAGCUUGUCCGUCGUAGACGUUUUCCGGUCGUUUAACGAAGUGAUUAAUCAAAUUGUGCAACUGAAUUGGGACGACGAUGUGGGAUAUGCUAAGUUUAUGACUGCCAUUUCAAAAUCUAUCGGGAAAGGUAUUGCGAGAUAUUGUGAAGUUCUUGAACUACAAUUUAGUAGAGAAAUGGAUCGCCUUACCCCAGAACAAGAAGCAUCUCUAUCGCAAUCACGACAAGAGAAAUGGAUGCAAAUGGCCAAGGAGGCGUGGAAUAAUAAAGAAAAGAUUGAGCCGUUUCACUUUUUCCCGCAGUCCUUUGUCAAACUGAAUAAUAUUGAAUAUGCUCUCCAUCAGUUGGAUAAGCUUGAGAAAGACGUAAAUGUCGAUGCUUGCGCAGAUGUACUUGCAAAGAAUACGCCUCCUGCUCUACAGCGGCCACGGAAGGUCACUAACUAUGUUUUUACGGUCAAAAUUGUUGAGGCAGAAGACCUGAAGGGAUGUGACAUGGAUGGACUUAGUGACCCUUACGUUUCCUUGGCCGAUGAGUCCCAGCGUAUUUUCAAGACCCGCAUUAUCUAUGACAAUCUUAAUCCCCGGUGGGAUGAUAGUGUGGACAUCAUUACGAAAGGACCCCAGAACAUUAUUGCAACUGUCUGGGACUGGGACGCUGUUGGGAGCCACGAUUAUAUGGGGCGCACUUCUCUCAAGCUUGAUCCCGCCCACUUUUCAGACUUUGUCCCAAGAGAAUACUGGCUAGACUUGGACACGCAAGGCCGAAUCUUGCUUCGUGUGAGUAUGGAAGGUGAACGUGAUGAUAUCCAAUUUCACUUUGGUAAGGCAUUUCGGACUCUCAAGCGUACCGAACGUGAGAUGACCCGGAAAACAACAGAGAAGCUUUCUGCUUAUAUCAACCAUUGUCUUUCUCGCCGUGCUCUCAAAGCUUUGCUGUCGAAAGGCAUUACUAUGUCGACUGUUUCCAGCUAUUUUAAUAGGAACAAAACAUCAACCACUUCAGGUCCGACGCCGGCAGAGAUAGAGGGUGCAUUAGACACAUUGUUCACUUAUUUUGAUGACAACUUUUCAAUUAUGAACCAAACGUUGACAGAAGAAGCCAUGAGAACGGUCAUGGCUCGCUUGUGGAAAGAAGUUCUAGUAACCGUGGAAGCUCUUUUGGUUCCUCCACUAUCCGACAAGCCGUCUAACCAACGGCCGCUCACCCAGCGAGAAGUUGACGUCGUCUCUCGUUGGCUCCUCCUGCUCCUCAACUUUUUCAACGCCGUCGACGAAGAAACCGGAGAAGCAAACGGCGUUCCAUUAGAUAUCCUCAAAUCACCGAAAUACCACGAAAUCCAAAGCCUCUUCUUCUUCUACUUUGAACCAACCGAUAGUUUAAUUCGAACCUCAGAACGCAUGGCAUCCUCAACUGCAGCACGACAGCAAACUAACCGAAACCGGCUGUCUACUACGUCCUCAUCAUUGAGCCCAUUUUCGGCGAUUGGUGGUGCGGCUGGUAUUCCGUCUGCUCGCCGAGGGAAAAGCAUCAUGCUGUCCCGUAACCUGGGCACUAUGAGGAAAGCCAAGGAGGAAAAAUGGCGAGAAGCUCAAGCGGAACCGAACGAUGAUAUGGUUCUUCGAAUUCUGCGCAUGCGACCGGAGGCGCAUACGUAUAUUCGUGAUCGCAGUCGACAGAAGGAGAGGCUUGCGACUGCUGCAGCUGCAGAUUUAAUCGUUAAACAAAGUUUAAUGGCUGGCGGUGGAGGAAGAAUGGCACCCAUCCCCUUGCUAGGUUUCAUGGUUAUUCCGAGCCUCCUUUCGAUUUCCCUUUCAAAGACUAAAGUGCAUCCUUUCGUUGUUAAUGUUAGUAACGUCAAGCGGCCAAUGUGUACAUGGAUACGAGGCGCGCAAACAACCGCAUGGAGCGGGUAG